CGAACGUGGGCCAGCCUCCGGUUCUGCCAUAUGGCUACAACGUGGGCGUGGCGAGACGGAUGGUGUAACUAUCUCAAUCCGAGCCUGUUGAAAGUUGUAUAAAGCGUCGUUGCCACAUGGCGCAAUUUAUCUCCUGCUUGAAUUGACUUCACAGCAGCCAUUGCUAGACACUGAUCCAGCAGAUUCAAGAUGAAGCUCCUCUCGCUGCUUGCGCCAGCUGUCGUUGCAGCACAGUUGACUCCAGAAGAUUACCUCAAAUGGACUGCCGACACACACAUCAAGGAAGGUGUGAAGAAGGACUACCACUACACUACUUCGGUCCUCUACACCGGCUAUGAAUUCGCCAUCGACUUGACUGGCAACGAGACCUUGGUCGACUGGUACCGCUCUCAAAUCGAUGGCGCCGUGGUCCUGGACAAUGGCACCAUCUACGACUGGAACUACACCUACUACUCACUCGACGACUACCGCAUGGCGAACAACUACCUCUGGUGGUACGACCGCACCGGCGAGGAGAAGUACAAGAGCGCCGCAGAGAUUGUCCGCCGCCAACUGGAUCGCCACCCACGCAAUGACGAAGGUGGUUUCAAUCACCGCUACCCCAUCUACGAACACCAAAUGUGGCUCGAUGGUAUCUUCAUGGCAGACUCCUUCUAUGCUAGAUGGACUGCCAAAUUCGACUGCGAGAACCAGACUGCAUGGGAUGACAUCGUGAAUCAAUUCGAUCUCAUUGAGAAGUACACUCGCAACCACACCACUGGCCUCUUGGUUCACGGCUACGAUGAGAGCAAGAGCAAAGUAUGGGCUGAUCCUAUCACGGGAGCUGCGCCACACGUAUGGUCGCGAGCAGUUGGAUGGUACUUCAUUGCCCUCUUGGAAGUCAUUCCUCUUCUCCCAGCUUCACACCCGGGCAAGGCGAGAUUGACUGAGUACUUCACGACUUUGGCAGCCGCAAUCAAGGCCCAUCAAGACGCAGAGUCUAAUGGCUGGUGGUUGAUCAUGAACGACCCUUACCCAGGAGCAGAGGGCAACUACAUCGAGAGCUCCGCUAGUGCCAUGUUCACAUACGGCCUGCUCAAGGGCAUUGAGGAUGGAUAUAUCUCCAAGGACGAGUACUACCCAGGUGCAGUCAAGGGCUACGAGCUUCUGACUGACAGAUUCGUUGUUGAGAACCAGAAUGGUACUCUCAGGUGGGAAGGUACCGUUGCUGUGGGAAGCUUGAGCGGAAAUGGAACAUACGAGUACUACAUCGGUGUUCCUCUUGCUGUGAACGACUACAAGGGUGUUGGACCAUUCAUGUAUGCGAGCCAGCCUUCGCUGUGGUCCUAGAUUUGCACUAGCUUUGCAGCGUAAUUCAAUCAGUCUCAAACACCCCCAAUGGCAGGAAAUCCAGCUUCAGGCAUAAAAUUUCUGUAAUUCAUUGCACAGCGAGUCCAUUAAUAUUGCAGAGUGGAUGUGAUAUGCCAGUCAGUCUGUGAUACUCUCCUAACACAUCAUCAAAGCCAAGCUGAGCAGUGUCACGACAAGACCACAUAGCACAGGCCAUACUCGCCCACUGCCAGAGCUUGAGCCCUCCUGCUGACCAGCAUCAUCAGUAGUAUUAUACAUCAUCACAAUCUUCUGUAUCUUAAACACAGCAUCAUUCACCGGCGGUCCAACAGUAAACGAAGGAUCACCAUUCCUAAAACAAAGUCAGCUCCCAACCUCCCUC